AUGGACGAGAAGGAUGCCAUCCGCAACGGUGUGCGAAGUGGCUGCAAGGGUGCCGGCAUUCAGGACACUCCGGAGAACCUGUGGGCUUUCUUCAUCUCUCGCAUCCGAAAGAACCUGCACAUGUCACUGUGCUUCAGCCCCGUUGGCGACGCCAUGCGCGGCCGUGCGCGAAAGUUCCCGGCCCUGGUGAACUGCACCGUGAUUGAUUGGUUUCAGCCUUGGCCAAUGGACGCCCUGUACAACGUCGGCGCCAAGUUCCUGGAGCCGAUUGAGCAGCUGGGACCACAGGACAGCCCCGUGCGACAGGGCAUCAUGGAGUUCCUUCCCUACAGCUUCGAAGCUGCAGGCAAUGUGGCCACGAAGUUCAUGGAAGUGCAGAGGCGAUUCGCCUACACCACUCCGAAGAGUUUCUUGGAGUUGAUCAAGCUGUACACCUCCAUGGUGGGAAACAAGGUCGAUGCCUUGGAAGACCAGAAGAACCGCUUGACUAACGGUCUGGAGAAGCUGCACGCCACCUCCGAGCAGGUUGCAGGCCUCGAGGAGGAGCUGAAGGAGAAAGCCGUGGUCGUGGCAGAGAAGGCGGCAGCCGCCGAUGUCUUCGCCAAGGAGGUUGGUGAGAAAAAAGCCACGGUCGAGGAGGAGUCAAGCAAGGCAGCUGUGGAGGCCGAAAAGUGCGCCAAGAUCGCCAAGGAGGUGUCUGUCCAGCAGGCCGACUGCGAGAAAGACCUGGCGGCUGCCAUCCCACUGGUGAAGCAAGCCGAGGCUGCUCUGGAUGUGCUGGACAAGAAGGAUUUCCAGGAGCUGAAGGCCUUGGCCAAGCCACCCGGAGGUGUCGACCUUGUCCUGGAGGCCGCCAUGCACCUGCAGGCCGGCUACGACGAGAACAUCGAGCUGGACAAGAAGGGGGCAGUGAAGGACCCAACCUGGAAGGGAGCUCAGAAGAUGAUGAACAAUCCUGAGAAGUUCCUGAUCAACCUGAAAGGCUUCAAGGGGCACAUCGAUGACGGCAAGGUGCCCCAGGUCAACGUGGAGAGGGCACGUAAGAUCCAAAAGGACAUGGGCGACGACUUCAGUCAGGCAGGUAUGUCCAAGAAGUCUUCAGCAGCUGCUGGCCUGUGCGUCUGGAUCAUCAACAUCAUCAUGUACUUCGACGUGGUGGUGCAGGUCGAGCCAAAGCGCAAUGCAUUGCGCGAGGCCACCGAGACGCUGAACAACGCCAACACCAAGCUGGCUGAGGUGAAAGAGCUCGUGCGCACCUUGGAGUCCAAUCUGGCGGCGCUGAUGAAGGAGUUUGACAAGGCGAUGGCCGAGAAGAACGCUUUGAUGGCCGAUGCAGAGAAGUGCCAGAACAAGCUCGACAUGGCACAGCGCCUGGUCGGUGCCCUGGCGGCGAAUGGAGUGAUUUGGCAGCAGACCGUGGAGAACGCAGCGCAGGAGUUGAUCUACAUCCCUGGCGACACCUUGGUCGCCUGCUCCUUCGCCUCCUACGUGGGCGUGUUUACGCGCCAGUAUCGCGAAGAGACCGUCGAUGCCUUCGUGCAGUACCUGACCAAGAAGGGCGAGUACAUGCCGAACGUUGGACCCCGGAUGGCCACGACGUACGCGAAGGCCGAGCACGCGAAGAACAGGGAGGUGGUGAUCAUCGCCUACGGUUCGGAGAUGAACUACCCCGAUGGACGAAGUGACUCGCCGUUGAACUCGUACUGCGCUGGACACACGGGGAUCGUACAGGAGUAUUGUCGCUGGGCUUUUGGCAAGGAGAACUUUACCUUUCAGACGGUGGACGUUCGAAAUCUCGGCAACCCGGCGGUCAACUACGACGUUCUGAAGCACCUCAGUAUUGGACAGAACGGCAUGUGGCAAGCGCUGGUCUUACUCAUUGGACUCAUCUGGACGUGGUUCGAACUUCGUGGGCCACAGCAAAAACUCGCGUUGUUCUUGCACUGUGCGAAGGGCAAGCACAGGGCGGCUGGGACCGGAGCGCUUCUUUCGAUAGCCACCGGUUUCCCUUGUUAUUUCCCGACGUUCAACUUCCCCAACGUCUGGGACGCGCGGUUCUACUUCGUUCGACUACCCGCUGUUCUGCCGGAAAAGGACGAAAUCAACGACUUCAUUCUCUACGCGGCGGACUACGCGAAGUACCCCUUCAAGUCCGAAGCUCGCCGAGAACUCGCCUGGAAGAUCUGUCAGGUCAAACACAACCUGGUCGAGCCGGACUCGGACCUCGCCACGUGGGUCUAUGAGAACAACCUUCAGGACUCGCAGGACAACGAGGGGUACUACUCGGACACGGAGGAGGAAAAGGUUCUCGCAGACUUCAGAGGCGAGAACAGGACAGUUCGACGGACCAGGAGAAGGCGAAAGGCACCCACGCCGGACAACGCUGAUGAAGAGGAGGAGGACAAACCCGUGGAGCAGUCGUCGAGCUCGGACGAGGAGGAACAGGAACCGGCGGACAUGAAAAAGUUCGAGAACACGAAGAUGUUCCCCGGAGAAGCUGUGGACGAUGAUGGCUUUGUUCGUGUUAACAGAACACGCAAGGGCAAAAAGCUCGGUCUGGACGACGACGUACCUCCCAAGAUGUGCCCGGAGAACUACACCGCGGUGGACAUGCUCGAGUUCGCGCUGUACAAGGCACGCCAACGCGGUGGACAAGUCGCGGUGGACAACCUCUGUUUGGAGAUGGCCAAGGAGAGAGAGUCUUGGCAGAAGAAAUAG